GGCGGCGGCGGCCACGACCGCCCCCCCCCGGCCUGUGCGCGCGGGCCCCAGAAGGGGGCGCGCCUCCCGUCCCCAUCCCGCAGCCGGGCGGCUACGCGGCUGGAGGCAGCGGAGGAGGAGGCGGCGCUGACGCAGCAGCGUGGAGCCCGGGACUCGGGCGCCCCGGGGCGUUCCAGCCGCCGGAUUCCAGCCCGGCCGGGGCCUCCGCCUGCCCUGAGUGGGCCCCGCCAAGCAGAGCGGCAGCGGCGAAGCCACAGGAGCAGCGCCCGCCAGCGCCCCGGGUGGACAUUGAUCCUAUGACGCAUGCCCGGAAGAAACAGCUCCUACUUCUGAAACACUCAGCUGGUUCUACUGGCCAAGCUUUGUCACCGAUUGAAGGUGAGAGAAUGGAUAGGACUGAGGCAGAGGACAGCGAGCAAGCAAAUGGCACUGAGGGGCAAAGCUGCCAGAGUAGAUUUGCAGGCGUGAAUAAAAGCAGGAAUUCACAAGAACUCCGAAAGACGUACCCAUUGAGGAAACGUCUCAGCUCAUCCGUGGAUAAAAAGACAUGCUCAGUGCUCCUCACUAGACUGGAGGAUGUAGCCGGAUCGCUUUCAGAGGAAACUCAGAGUGGCAUGAGAAGAGGUUUCUCCAACUGUAUGGAUGACUUCAGACCUGCCUGUUUUUCAGAUCAGGUUCAAGUGGUGGGAGCAGGAAAAAAUGACUCUUCCUUAGGGAAAUACACACUAUCUUGUCCAGUAACCGAGAAGAAGGGACAUGAUGCCUGCCUCUCACUGCCCAGGAAACGAAGGCUAGCCUCCCUGAAUGCAGAGGCAGUGAACAAUCUGCUUUUUGAACGGGAUGAUGGCCUGUUGUCUGGCAGACGUUUUCGAAAAGAUUCCACCAAAGUCAGUGGAAUUUGUUGCACUAAGUCCAUAUGUUGCAAAACUCAGGGCACGUGGCCCUUGCUGGAAAAGCAAAGCUCUAAAACAGUGAAGGGAAAGAACCAAAAUGGAUCAAGUCAAAAGUGUGCUCCUUAUGACCAGUUGUCAGAUGACGUCUUUGAUGGGAAAAGGCGGGAGGAUAGUGGGAUUUCCUAUCAUCCUGCUCCAAAGAGAUUGGCUAGUCUCAAUGCAGUAGCGUUUCUGAAACUGACUCAUGAAAAAGACCACCCGCUGAAGCCUAGGAGUAAAUCGACUGGAGAAAGCAAGUCUGAAAACCACUGUUCCAAAUCGAAGCUCAAGUGGGCCAAAGUCAACAGGAAAAAUUGUAUUAAAUCCAAAAAGGAAACGUCCACUAUAAAAAUAGAGAGUCAGCAUGGCUGGCAAGGAGCCACCGAGGGUGCGUGUAGAAACGUAGCCCAUCAGGAUCCUCCUAGAAUCUAUGGGAAAGCAGAAUCUAUCAAUUACGAACCAUUAUCUAACUCUUGUGAGGGUACAGAGGGUUUCUGUCACAGGCUGCCUUUGCUUAUGGGUGGUCAAGCUUCCAUGAAGCCUGAAUAUGGAAGACCUGGAGAGAAAUCUCCUACCCCCAAGCAAGAAUUCCAUCAACCUUCCUUCCCAGUACCUCAGUUCCAUCCUUUGCCUGUGCCGGGAAAUCAUGCGGAUUGUGGCUGUGUCUAUGAAUCAUCAGGCUUGACUCCAUUAAAUGGGUUUUAUGUUUAUUAUGGCCAAAGUGGAUACAGUAGUUACACUCAUUGCUCUGUUUAUCCGAAGGAUGAGAUGUCGCAGGCAACAAGUUGUGAGGGCCUUUUGGUAUCCCCAGGUUCCUUGCCAUCAGAUCCCUCGUUUCAGCCGUUUCACUGGUGCAACUCUCCGUAUUGUUGUGGAGAAGGAACAGCAAUUAAUAGUUACAGCCUUUGUGGAGUUAUGCAUGUACCAGAAAGCAGAAUCAGUGGUGUGCAUACGGGACGGAAUGGCUACCCUUAUAAGAUGCCUUUCACAGCAGACAGCUGCAAGUCCCUGGACCAGCUGAGCCUCACAAUCCCUGUGGCAGGGCACCCUGUUUCACCUGCCCACCCGCUCUCAGGAUGUCCGGUACCCAGUGUGCCACCAGCUGCCGAACCUGUUCCUCACUUGCAGACGCCCAACUCGGAGCCCCAGACUAUGGCCCGCGAAUGCCCACAGAGCUCCAAGCCCCCCAGUGGCUCUAAAUCCGGUCUCCGGAAUACGACCAGCUGUUUACAUGUAUCUGACAGCAAAACAGUUGGGGCUCACUCUCACCCAAAGCAGCAACGCAUUAACCGAAGGAGAGCCACAAAUGGCUGGAUACCUGUUGGAGCAGCAUCUGAGAAGGCUGUCUAUGUUGUGAACGAACCCGAGCCAGCUGUUCGCAAGAGCUACCAAGCUGUGGAGAGAGACGGAGAAAUAAUCCGGGUCCGAGACACAGUGCUCCUGAAAUCAGGACCACGAAAGAAAUCUAUGCCUUACGUGGCAAAGAUAUCUGCUUUAUGGGAAGAUCCUAAAACAGGAGAGCUGAUGAUGAGCCUCCUGUGGUAUUACAGACCGGAGCACACUCAGGGAGGCCGCAAUCCUAGCAUGCAUCACAACGAGAUCUUUGCAUCCCGACAUCAAGAUGAAAACAGUGUUGCCUGUAUUGAGGAGAAGUGCUAUGUUCUGACCUUUGCAGAGUACUGCAGAUUUUGUGCCUUGGCAAAGCGUCGAGUUGAGGGGAUCCCAGGCAAGAAAACGGUGAUGGUACCUCCAUCGGAAGAGUAUUCUACCCCUGCACAUCGCAAGGUGCCAGAGGACACUGAUCCGGAAUUAGUGUUCCUCUGCCGCCAUGUCUACGACUUCAGACAUGGACGCAUCUUGAAGAAUCCACAGUAAUGGAGCCCUGUGACUGUGGGGUUUACAAGUGGUGACAGAGAGCCAAGGGCAGGCUGACCUCGUUGUUCGUGUGUGCUCCUGCUCUUCAGAGCACUGCCCGCAGGCACAGAACAGAAUGCCUAAGCACUCUACCCUCUGCAUUGAGGAGCGGAUUUCCUGUUAAGGCAGAUGUUCAAAGCACAGCACUUCGUCUAAAGAGCAUAAAUCGAAAUAUAUAGCUAUAGAGAAAAGUGUGUGUAUAUAGAUAUAGUUACUGGCUUCUGUAAAUCUAUAUCUAUAUGUACAAUGAUGCAUCAUAUAUUGGGGGGAGAGGGGGGGAAGGGAGGAUGGUCCAGGGGAUAAAAGCCAGUAAACUGAAUCCAGAGCCAAUCUUGGUGGGGGAUGGCUAGAGCAUGAAGAAGGAAAUCUGCAGCACAGGAGUGAAUCAAACUGUGAUAAGUCCUUGAUCUCAAGUCCUUACAUGAAAGAUAAGGACAGAGACUCUCUCGAGGAGUCUCUUUUGGGGACAUUAAUGUACCGAGUAUCCUCCUUGCAUAUGGAAAAUGUGUUUCUCCAUAAAGGGAGAAGGACCACACUUGGAGUAGCUUUUAUGUUCUGCAGUGAUCCAGUCAGAUUGGAGAUUUUCCAGCUGGCUCUGAGCUUCAUCUCCAAAGCAGGAAGUGGGAAAGAUGUAUUAGGAUUACCUCACACCAUUAUAAAAAAGCUGCAUAUCUUUCUUAGGUUGUGGUCCUAAGCCACAUGACAAAGGUCACUUCCAUUGAAACAGUGGGAUUUACUUCCAAAUAAAUGUGAUCAAGAUCAGGAUCAUACCUGUUUGGGAGGGAAGGGCAAUAUCUUUUUAAAAGCUUCUAGAGUAUGAAGUUUAGGAGACAGCUGCUGUGAUAUUGAUCUCUUUCCCACAGAGGUUUUGAGGCAUCUCUUCCUUUGGUAGAAAUAGUUCACGUUCCUUCCCAUCCUGUUUCCAAUUUCUUUGCUCUCAUUUACAGUCCCUGUAGAAUCUGGAUUUGCACACUCCAUUGUACUUGGGAGGGGCUAGAAUCAGGGUUAAGAGAUGCCAGUGUGUUACGUGGGUUGUAUUCUUUAAGAAAAACAUCUUAACCCUGACUGUUUUAGUCUAGUAUACCUUUGCCUGCCUACCUCUCUUCUCUUCCAACCCCUGCUGCCAAAUCUCUAACACUGACAUCUGAGCAUGCCCACCAAGGUGAAACUGUUUGGCUCCCAAAAGGAACUGACCAAUGAGAGGUUUGCAUUGUUGAAAAACUGCUACCUGAUUCCUUUGGAUACUUCUGCCUCUUGCCUUACAUGUAUAGCUCUUAGAAAUACUUUAGUUUAGCUUUUAACACAAAGCUUAUUCAGUUAAUUCUAAAGCAAACCAAAGGACAGCAUAAGAAGAGUCCACUGAAUCAGUCACACAAUGUGCUGGGAUUCCAUUUGUAGAUUGCACUAAUUCUGAAGAAUGAGAAUCAACACUGUAUCAGUCCAUGUACCUGCUGACAGUCAGAGUCGUUCACCUGAACUGUGGAACCGCAUUUUUCGGGGAGUUCUGAACCUAGUGUUAAAUGAUCUAGAAGUGUUCCUACGGCUUUAAUAUUGUUGUCUUUUCAAGUAGAAGUAGCACUACCUGUACUUGCCUGUGGGCUAAAAUCAAGAGUAUUGGCAGCUGUGCUCUGUGCCUACCUGGCCUGGAGAAAGUAGCCUACCAUGUUCAGUUCCUUGUGUGUUAAUGAAACGGUAUCUACAGAUUUUUGCUCUACAUACCAAAGAGGGAAAGGUCAUGGAUAUAACCUUGCAGCAUUGGGAAAGUCAAAAGAUGGUCAUCGCUGCCACCCCUGGUCACAAGGGGACGAUUCCCGUUAUGUUCUAAUGGGGAAUGGGGUAUUCCUGCUAAUAAUAGGGAAACUUCCCACCCUAAAACUGAGCAAGAGUCGGUAGCUGAUCCAAGAUUGCUCGUGCACAAAGUAAUGGGUUUAUUUUUAACCAUUGCUUGAGCAUGUAGAAGAGCUCUUGGAGUGACUAGUGCUACACAAAGCACAUCUGUUUUACAGCACGCAAAUGGCACAAGAGUUUCCAUACAAUGUUUCACUCAAGCCAGUGAUAGCAUGACUGAAAGGAAGCUCUGGUUUUUAUGGAGAGAAGGCAGGACUGGCAUCACUCUCGUUAGUCUAGUGGUAAGCAGGAGAGGUUUGGGAGCAAUACUGUAGGUUCUGUAACUACUGCCUGUUCUUCCAUUUGCCUGGCUGAGGAAUUGUAGAGGAAAUGGAGCAAUGGAUGGGAAUGUUCCCAGAGUAAUGUGGGUAGAGUGUGUGUUAGAAGAUGGACAGUCUGAUCUAUGCAGAAUCAGAUUUGGGAUUCCUUUUUUGUUGUCAUUGGGGUGGUUGGGGGAUAAAAGCUAUAUUGCUUGUGAAAAGGUAAUGGUCAAUAGUAUAGUUAACAGGAAUCCUCUAAACAUUUAAUUCAAACUCAAAUUCAGGGUGCAACAGCUCUGUUGAGGGAGAUUUUGAAACUUAGUUUCGGAAGCCAGAGUAAUUUCCUGGAAACGUGGUUUCUGCCGUUUCCUCAACCAUCAUUGUCCUGCCUUCUUUCCAGGCAGAAAAACAAUUGUCUAGGAAAAGAAACUGUAUCUACCCAGAUUCUGGGGAAGGCUUAGAAGAGCCCCCUUUCUGGAGAGGAGAUUCCCCCUUUCCCUCCCUUGCUUCUGAUAUUGUCAGAAUCUACUUCAGGCCAAGAAUAUUGUUUAAAGAUUUGUGUGGUGGUUUUAUGCUGUUUUGCGGACAGCAUGUAAAUGAUUUGAAACGUCUUAUCUGAAAUGAGAAUAUUUCAUGCUUUUUUAAUCUAUUAGAUAUGGAAAUAUUUUUGAAACUGAAAAUGCAGUCAGUAGAAUUAAAAUGGAAAUGUAAUACAUGUAAAAUAUAUUUUAGUUGAUAAUUUUGUAAAAUGCACUUUUUGUGUCUCUUCCCUUGUUUCCCAGAUCUGUAUUUCAGUGUUUACAGAUGGAAUGAGAACAUUCCCUAUACCCUCCUUCUGUGAAAAAGAUAUAUUAGAAGUAAUUCUUAAAAAUAAAAUUUGAGAAAUUGUAUUGAUUUAGAAAAUGAA